AUGAAUGGAUAUGAUAAACACGGAAAGAAUAUGAGUGAAUCAAAUGAUAAUAAUGACCUUAAAGACAUAGGUAGAUGUCAAGUAACAUUUCUUAAUUCGUUCCUAUCUCUUUAUCCUGUAAUAAACGCUUUACAAACAUCCACUGAUCCCAUGGAUGUAUCAGAGUCUGCCGUGUUUUUAAUGGGAUUAUUUCUGGCAAUUUCACACAUAGCCAUUAGCAUAGCUCAUUCAAAUAACAUACGGAUUGUGAUGGAACUUACGGAAGAUGUUUGUAAAAACGCGAAUGAUCAUGGAAGACAUGUGUUUCAACGAUAUAUGGAACAAUUUUCUACGUUUUAUGGAGCAUCAAUUAUAUGGAGUUACGUAACGGGAGUGAUAUUUAUUUUGAAGACAUUCGUCACAUCCGAUCCUUUUCCAUUGAACGCUAUAUAUCCGUUUCGUGUUGAUUAUCAACCAUUGAAAAGCAUCAUAUUCUUGCAUCAAACAUUAUACGUCUGUAACGUUAGCGGCAACGCGUCAGUUAAUGUGUUUUGUGGUUUUCUGUUGUUCUUCGCUGCAGCUCGUUUCGAGAUAUUGAAACUUAAACUACGCAAUGUUAAAACCGCCGAGGAGUUGAUAAUACGCAUGGAAGAGUAUUAUGUUGUGAAAGAGUACGCGAAUUUUGUGGUCAACAUUGUGAAAUGUGUAGCUCCAUGUGCGGUAAUCAUGGCUGUUAUAGUACUAGUGAUGUGUGGCAUAAAUUUAAUACAAUUUCAAUACAUAUCAUUGGUUGCAACUGUAACACUAACGGUUUUUGUCUCUGCCUGGCCUGCUGAUAAUCUUUUAGAUCAGAAAAGGAGUGUUGAAGAACCAAGUACCAGUAGAAACCUGGAAUUUUCUAGUAACGAAGAUGAAUUUUAUGUGUUUGAAAAAGAAAAUUGGAGAAAUGGAGUAGAUGAACAUGAAAGUGAUAAUUACGAUAGUUCUGAUAGUGACAUACUUCCUAAAAAAAAAACCCAGAGCAAAAAUAUAAACGGUGAUAAUGACGACUCAAGCGAAUGGGAAAAUGUUACUGAACGAGAUGAUAUUUUUCAACAAAUAAAAUUUACAGUAUCUCCAAAAGUUACAGGGCCACAAAUUUCUCCUAAUAUUGUUGAGCCUAUUGAUAUAUUCAAGUUGUAUUUUACUGAUGAAUUAGUUGAUAAUAUAAUAAAAGAAACUAAUAAUUAUGCAAAUAGCAAAAUAAGUGGAAAGAGAUUGACAAAACGAUCAAUUUGGAAUAAUUGGAAAAAUGUAGAAAAAGAAGAAUUUUGGCCUUUUCUUUCUGAAAUUCCGCCUGGGUAUCCAUCUUUGAAGACGCGAAUUCAAAGAGCAAGUAAUUUUUUGGAAUACAUAGAUUCUAAGUUUUCACAGCACUUUAUACCAGAACAAUGUAUUUCGGUAGAUGAAGCAGUAGUUCAGUUUAAAGGCAAAAUUGGUUUCAUUACCUAUAAUCCCAUAAAACCAACUAAAUGGGGUAUAAGAAUAUAUGUUUUAGCCGAUUCGAAAUCUGGAUAUGUGUACUCUAUUCUGCCAUACUAUGGUUCUAUAACAACAGAAAAUCUUCCAAAUUCGGAACUUCCAGUAACUACCAGAAUACCUUUAUACUUAUAUAAAAAAUUAUUAGAAAAAAUUUCAUCAGCUGAAGGAUAUCAUAUGUUUACAGAUCGGUAUUAUACAAGUUUAUCUUUAGCUACCGAAUUGCUAAAACUGAAAUGCCAUCUUACGGGCACGAUAAAACCAAACCGAAAAGGAUUACCUGAAGAAAUUAAAAAACCGAAAUUUACUAUAAAAAAUAGAAUUGCUCUGAGGAAACGUAACACAUUAGUGUUAGCAUGGAAAGACAAAAAAGUUGUCACCAUGCUGAGUACUUGGGAUACAGCAAAAAUUACCCAAGUAAAUAGAAAAAUACGUAGUGGUGAAGAAAUAUCGAUUGACAAGCCAGACAUUGCAACAAAUUACAUUAAAUCUAUGGGUGGAGUUGACCGCGCAGACCAUUAUGCAGUGUCAUAUAGUUUUCUCAGAAAAUCUUUAAAAUGGUGGAGAAAGCUGUUUUUCUGGGGAUUGGAAAUUUGCUGCGUCAAUUCAUACAUAAUAUACCAACAACAAAGACAACAGAUGAAUUUGAAGCCAGUUUCACAUUUAAAAUUUAGGAAAAUAUUGGUAGAACAAUUAAGGGGUGACUUUAGAACACCAGCGCAACCCCAACGUCGGGCAUCGAACUUACAAACAGAAGACAGGUUGGACAGAAAAUUUCACGUUAUUCGUACAGGUACAAAAAAAGAUUGCGUUGUUUGCUCGGAUAGAAAAACGCCGGGAGGAAGGCGGGAAACACGUAAUUAUUGCGAUACUUGUAGUAAAAAACCUGGUAUUCACAUUGGGGACUGUUGGGAGAAGUACCACACACAAAAAAAAUAUAAGUAA